AUGUCAAAAACAAUUUCAGAAUUAUUUCCAAGUUUACGUGAAAACUCAAGUUCCGAAACCAAUAAAAGAUUAUAUGCAGUAUUGACAGCAGUAACAGAUUUAAUUAGAUUCAAUAAAGCACCAAUCAAUGCUACAUCAUACUUUGCAAUCAUAUUAAAAACUAUUACAGAAAAUAAACAUAAAGAAAAUCAAACACCAGAUUUAUUAAAAUUAUUUUCUUUAAUUUUACCACAAGUUUCAAUUCCAAUUAUUAAAAAUCAAUCAGUAAAUAUUAUUUUACAAAUGAUUAAUAUAUUGGAGAAAUAUGUUACUCAAGAGACAACAUUAAAUUCAACAAUGUCAAAUGAUGAACAAUCAUUAGUUAAAUCAGGUACUUAUAUAUUGGGAUAUGUAUUGGUAUUGGCAGAAUCAAAUCAAUGGUCAACACCAGAAUAUUUAAGAGGUUAUUCAUACAUUUUGAAAUUAUCAGUUAAUAAUCAACAAUCUAAAAUUCGUCAAAAAGCCGCAGAACAAGUUAUAUUGGUUUUAAAUAGUAUUGGUGCAAUUCAAACCAAUGCAAAGGGUGGUGGCGUACAUAAACAUUUGGCAAAUGUUACAUCCCAAUUCUCUCAUGAAAUCUUUACAAAUGUUACUCAUGAAACUAUGGGUACUGCAUUCUAUGCAUUGAAUAUCGUCACUGAAGCAUUAUGUUUAUUACCACCAUCAUUGAUCUCAUUACUAUUGGAAGAUAUCAUAAAAUUAACAAGUCUUUCAAAUUCACCAUUAACCAUUGCUUGUUAUAAAGCAAUCGGUUCAUUAUUCUUUAAAACUAAUCCAUUAAUUGGUUCACAUAUUCAACAAUUAAUUGAAGUAUUAUUUCAACAUCCACCAUCAGGUAUUGAUUAUAAAUCAACUGUUUCUUAUACUGAAUUAUUAACUCAAUCUUAUUUAUAUUUUGUAAAAUUGGAACCAAAAUUAUGUAAUCAACAUGUUCAUAAAUAUUUUUCAAUUUUAAUGAAUAAUUUUGGAUCUGAUAAAGCAGAGAUUACAAAAUGUACAAUGAAUGGAUUUAAAUCAGUAAUUUAUGAAUGUAUAAAUUUGGAAGUAAUUCAACAAGGUAUUUAUUCAUUCCAACAAGGUUCAGGAAAUGCAAAUAGAGAAUUAUCACCAUUGGAAUCAAUUAUUUCAACCAUUGAAAGUGGUUUAAGAUUAACAUUUAAAUCAUCAUGGGAUUUAGUAUUAAUGAUCAUUAGUGCAUUAUUUGAACAAUUAGGACCAAAUGCUUAUCCAAUUAUGAAUAAUACAUUGGCUGGUUUAGAUCAAUUAUAUCAUUCACCAGAAUUUCAUUUCCAAACUCAUUGUCGUCAAGUUUUCAUUCAAGUUUUAUCUUCAAUUGGUCCAAAGAAUUUCUUAAAAAUUUUACCAUUAAAUUUAGAAUCUCAUCCAAAUGACAAAAUUAAAAUUAAUAGAAAUUGGUUAUUACCUUUAAUGAGAGAUAAUAUUAAAUAUACCCAAUUAUCAUUUUUCAUUGAAUAUUUUUAUCCAAUGGCAAUUGCAAUGAAAGAAAGAGGUAAACAAGUUGAAAUGGAUGGUAGAUUAGUUGAAGCAAAGAAUUUGGAGAUAUUAUAUUCACAAGUUUGGGAUUUAUUACCAGGCUUUUUAAAUCAUCCAUUGGAUUCAGACGUUUCAUUUAGAGUGAUUGCUCGUAAUUUGGGUGUUGCUUUAUCCGAUGAACCAGGAUUACGUAUUGUAAUUUGUGCAGCAUUAACACAAAUGAUCAAUAAAUUAAAGGAUACUCAAAUCACUAAACCACCAGUUUACAUACCAUUAAGAAAACAACAUCAUUUAGUCACUCAAGAAAGAGCUACUCAGUUAUUGAAAUCGGUUUCAGUAUUCUCUAAAAACUAUUUACCAAUUCUUUUCAAUAUUUUCCCAACUUCAAAUCAAGAUCAACGUUAUUACAUUUUAAAUGCAAUUGAAGCAUUGGUUUCAAUCACUGAUUCUAUAAAUUUAAAUACAAUUUUUAAUUCAUUAAUUACAAAAUUAGUUGAAGCAUUAACUUUAGAAGGUAUUGAAAAGAAACCAACUCAAAAUUCAAUGGAUACUACAACUACAACUACUACAACCACCACACCAAAAGAAAAAACAAAGAAAUAUUAUUUAACAGAUUUAACAAUUGGUUUCGUUAAACAUUUAGAUGAAGAGAAUAUUAAAGUUUUAUAUAAAAUUAUUAAACCACAAUUGAAAUGUUCUGAUCCAGGUUUACAAAAGAGAUCUUAUAAGAUUUUAGUAAAGAUUUGUGAAUAUCAUGAAAGUUUUAUUCUUCAAAAUUUAACAAAGAUUAAAGCAUUAUUAGUUAGUAAUUUAAUGCAAUCACCAUCAACAAUUAAGAAAACUCGUUUAAAAUGUUUAAGAGAAAUUAUUAUCUCCUUAACUAAAUCUUCAUAUAAUAAACAUUUAUUAACUGAAGAAGAAUUAGAAUUAGUUGCUAUUAAUGAAAAUGAAAAACAAUUAGAAAAUACUACUACAACUACUACAACUACUACAACAACAACUACUACUACAACUACAAGUACAGAUAAUAAACCAAAAGUUAAAGUUAAUAUUGGUUGGGUACAAUUAAAAACUAAAUUUAUACCGUCAUUAAUUCCAGAGAUUAUUUUAUGUACAAAAGAAACUAAUGUUAAAUGUAGAGAGAUUGCAAAUGAAUUAAUCAUUGAAAUUGGUAAAGUUAUGUGUUUAAUCUCUGCAAAAUUAGUGAAACCAAAGAAAGGUGUAUCAAUGGAGGAUACAAUCACCAUCGCUCAUAACGAAGCAAUUCAUGAAUAUUUACAAUUGAUGAUGGCAGGUUUAGCAUCGAUUACUCCACAUAUGGUAUCAGCAUCAAUUGUUUCAAUCGCUAGAGUCAUUCAUGAAUUCUAUCGUGAUAUCAAUGAAGAGUUUGUCGGUCAAUUGGUUACAACUGUACUUGUGUUAUUAGCAUCACCACAUAGAGAGAUUGUAAAAGCAGUGUUUGGUUUAGUUCGUGUUGUAAUUGCAACUUUUAAAGACACAAAAUCAAUCGAAUCUCAAUUGGAAGUACUCGUCAAUGGUUUAGCAAAAUGGGGUGGUAUCGAUAAGAAUUACUUUAGAACUAUCGUUCAAAUCCUUUUAGAACGUUUAAUUAAAAGAUUUGGUUUCGAUCAAAUUUAUCAAUUAGUACCUGAAGAUUUCAAAAAAGUAGUUACAAACAUUCGUAAAAAGAAUGAAAAGAAAGAAAAAGCUAAAGAAUUAUCUAGAAAUGGCGGUGGUGUUGAUUCAAAUGAAAAUAUGGAUGAAAAUGGUGAUGAUAGUAAAUCACAAAAAAGUAAAAAGAAUAAAAAAUCAAAGAAUACUUCUGGUGGUGGUGGUGAUGAUGAUGAUGAACAAAUGUUAGCAUCAGAUGAAGAGCAUAGUGAUAGGGAUCAUAGUGAAGAUGAUGCUGAUAUUGAGGAAUUCCUUUUCAAUGUUAAACCAAAGAAAACUAAAAAAGAUACUAAAGAUAAUUUCCUCAUCAAAGAGGGUGAAGAUCCAAUUGAUUUCUUGGAUAGAAAUGCAUUUAGUCAUUUGUCAGCAAAAGCAGCCGCUGAUAUCGUUGCAAAACAAAUGUUUGCUAAAGCCGCAAAGAAUGGUGGUAAACUUCAAAAUCCAUUCCAACUUGAUGAAGAUGGUCGUAUGAUUAUUGAAUCAUCAGAUUCUGAAGAUGAAGGUCAAAAGAGAAAGAGAGAGAGAAAGAAAUCCUUCCUCGAUCAAGUUUUCGAAGAGAAUGAAGAAGCCUAUGAAAGAAAAGCAGGUUAUCAUGUCACUAAAGCAAAAGGUCUCAAAAAUAAAUUCAAACAAGAUAAUCAUGAUAAUUCAGAUUAUUCAGAUGAUGAUAUCGAUGAAAAUCUUUCACGUUAUAAUGAUGAUCUUAAAUCAAAUUUCACAAGAAGAACAAAUGCUAAAUCUGUUCGUGGUGGUGGUGGUGGUGCUAAAUCAGUCAUGGGUGGCGCUAAAUCAGUUAAAUCAACUCGUACUACUAAUAAUAAUAAUAAAAAUGAAGGUCGUAUUGAAACUGCUACCCUUCGUUAUAACAGAGUUAGAGGUGUUGAUCAUUUAGUAAAUUAUCAAGAUCGUGACAAUAAGAGUACUAAAACUGUAGCUAAAACCAAAGGUGAUAAUCGUAAGAGAGAUCAAAAAUUCGAACCAUAUUCUUAUAUCAAAUUGGAUCCAAAGGCUCUUAAUAAACGUAAAGGUGCAAGACCAACCUCUUUCACUAAUGUCAAGAAAAAAGGUGGAAAAAAAUAA